AUGCCCUCGCCCGCAGCGCUGGCCGCGUCGGAGAGUGCGAAACCAUACUCGCCGCGUGUCGAAUAUGCUGCGACACUUGCACGACAUACUGGCGUUGUGAACGUUGUCCGUUUUUCUCCGUCUGGUGAGCUUCUCGCCUCCGCUGGUGACGAUGGAAACGUAUUGUUCUGGGUGCGCAGCGAUUCAGCGCGCCCUUCGUUUGGAGAAAGUGCCUCUACGGAACCUGAUAAGCAUUUUGAAAAAGAGGUAUGGCGUGUCCGACUUAUGGUGCGUGCAUCGGCACAGGAAUUAUACGAUAUGGCGUGGAGUCCGGACGGGCGAUUGCUCGCAGUUGGCGGCACGGAUUUUACCACAAGGAUCAUCAAUGUUGCCGACGGGACAGUGGCAAAAUCCAUUUCCGACCACCAGCACUACGUACAAGGAGUUGCAUGGGAUCCGCGAAACCAGUUCCUUGCGACAGAAAGCAGUGAUCGCAGCGUGUGCAUGUACGACCUUCAGCGCGGCUCGAUUACGGCGCUGGAUCCUCACUUGGCAAGUCGCCAAUCUCGGAUGGAUAUGACACAGGGAUGUGUGCGGCCCAAUGCACAAGCGGAUGGACGAGUGCAGGCGCCGCGACUUGCACAACAUCCAUCGCUGGGUCCGACCACAAGGCUUGACAACCUGCACGCCCGGCCCGCCGCGCCUGGUACGCCAGCGCAACGACUCUACGGAGAUGAUCGAUACAGCAGUUUUUUCCGUCGCCUCUCCUUCUCGCCGGACGGCGCGUUUUUAGCGACACCGACGGGGCAGUUUUUGCAAUACAAUGCGGAAGGGAAGCCAGACGUAAUGGCCAGUGCCGUAUACCUUCACGCACGCGGCAAUUUUAGGCGUGCAUGUGCGCCGAUUGCGGCACUACCUGGGCACAAGACCGCGACCGUUGCCGUGCGCUUUUCACCCAUCCUGUACCAUUUGCGCGUGCCAAAGCGUAGCCCGUGCGGCACAGAGAAAAAUGCGGCAUCAUGUCCAGCGAAAGAAGCGGAGAAGUCGCACGACUCACAUAUUUCCAUGUUUGCACUUCCGUAUCGCAUGGUGUACGCAGUUGCUACACAUGAAAGUGUAUGGAUCUACGAUACACAACAAUCAGGACCGCUGUGCUGCUUCAGUAACCUACAUUAUGCGUCCUUCACGGACUUGUCUUGGUCGCCCGACGGCCAAAUCCUCAUGAUGUCGUCCAGCGACGGGUACUGCUCCGUCGCCGUGUUCGACUACAACGAGCUUGGUGAGCCCAUUGCCCACGCCGAACAACCUGCUCUGAAAGAAACACGCUCUGAGGCCUUUACUACGAUACCCGCUGCGCCCGAGCCUACGCAGCCCGAGCCUGUUCAAGGAGGAACGCAAGCGUUGCCCUCUAAAAAACGCCGCGUUGCGCUCACGUUUGAGGGGCCGCUGCCGCCAUAG